CAGAUAGAUCAAGAUCAGAUUGGUAAACAAACCCUAAAUUAUAUUUUUCGCGGCUGGAUUAACUGGAAUAUUUUCCUGCAUCUGCAUAAUGUCAUCCUUAUUAUAGAGGUCUUCAGGUCAAAAUUGUCUGUCUUCUUAUUAUUUUAUAUUUUGCAGCCCGGAUUAAUUGUAAUAUUAUGAAGAAACCAAGGUUAGGUAAAAGAGCUUUAGCAGCUUUGAGCAGAGCUAAUGAUGAAUAUGAUGGAUCCAAUAAAGAGCCAACUACAGCAGAGGAUUAUUUGGAACAAGGAUCAAUUGAUGAAGAAUCUGGAGAUAGGUGGUUAGGAUCGGACUUAUCUAAGAGUUUAAGAUUUUAUCAGAAAGCAUAUACAAGUUACAUAAAGUCUAUUCAUUUACUGUCAGGGUUUGAAAAUUUAGAUAGUUAUUAUAAUUCAUCUCGAUUAUUGUUUCAAGUUUACUAUCAAUAUUUGAAGACUGAUGGAGUGAAUCUCUAUGAUUUAACAAACGUUGAAGAUUCAUUACGACAAGAUGAUAGCUCUGUGAUUCAUAACAUUGGAAGUAUUGUCUUAGCUCAUGAAAGAGCUAUCAAUAUUGCUAGGCAAUCUCUGUCUCCCAUACCUCUGGACCUACUAUUCAAUACUGCUACAGCUUAUACAGAAAUUUUAGAUACUGAACAGGAUAAUUCAGAUAGUGACUUUAAUCAAUUAUUAGAGGUGACAUAUAAAGCUCAAAUAAUUUUACUGAAUCUAUUAGAUACUCAAGUUAAUGAGUUACGUAAAUUCUUAGAUGAAUUGAAAGAAUUAGAUAAUAAUAAUGUGCCACAAGAAUUGUCAAGUCUGGAUCAUGAACUAGAAGGACAAGAUGAAGAAAAGAAAUCACAAGAGGAAUAUACUGCGGAAGAAAUAGUUCAACCCAAUGAUAUCUUUGAUACUAUCUUAGCUAGUUAUAAAUUAGGCCAAUCGAUAUUGGAGAAUGUGACAGAUUUCAAUAAUCAGGUUCCAAGAAUUACUGAUCUAAUCACUCCAUUAUUGACCAAGAGUGAUUCUAUCGCUCAUGAUUUAAUCAAUAAUUUUAGUGAUUUUGCAACUGUGAAAAAUGAUAUGGUCGCCAGUUUGACCAUUGACCAAAUAAAUGAAUAUAAAGUUAUUAAAACAUAUAUAAUUGGAUUGACUACUUCAGAGCUUGAUCAAUUAAUCCAAUUAUGGAGUGAAUCGGAUUUACCUGAAACCUCUGAAAGAUAUAUGCUGACAGCCGAUAAUAUUCAAACAUUUUUGGAUAGAAAUGAUAUAAAUCUAACAUUUGUGAAUGGCCCACAAUCGAACCAAGAUAUCAAAGUGCUGUUUUGGAAAGCUUUGACUCAGAUGAAUAAUAAUCUAAAGAAAGCUCAGGAUAUAUUAAAUGCUCAACUUAGUGAAAAGAGAAAGAUUCCUUCAGGUGUGGAUUUAGGGUUAGGUGCAUUAAUAGCCCAAAUUAGUGAAGUUAUGAUUGCAAGAUCUGAUAUUGAUCUACAAAGGUGUCAAAUUAUCGAUUAUGAACCUGCGCAACAGAAUCAACAAGUAUUACUCAAUAACUCCAAGACGAUGCUUAAGAAUGCAAUGAAUCUUGCUAACACGCCAGGAGGGUUACGUGAACGGAUAGCAGAAAAGAUGCAAAGAGAAAAGAAGAAAGUAGAUUCUGUUUUAAGGCUAUGUGUUUUAGAAGGUAAAACCAGUAUUCAGGAAUUGGAUACUAUUUUAGGAAGGAAGAAAUGGAUCAAUGAAUUACCAAGCUUGAUAAAAUUGGGAUACUUUGAAUCAUUUGGUAUAUUAAAUAUAGAACAACCUACAGAUUUUUAAAAUUGAAUAAAUAAACGU